AUGGAGGAAUCGCAAAAUACUUCAAAUUCUACGCAGAAACAAACGCUUGGGAAGUCUAAAUCCAAGACAACUGCCAGCAAAACUUCUAAAGAACCUGCUAGGGGUCCAGCUGACGAUUCAUGUAUUUCCAAAACCACUGAAAAGACCUCAAAAGACUUUGGCGCCAAAAGUGCCCAACCGAACGAUGGCGGCAAUCUUGUCGGCCACACAGACUUAAAAGAUUCUCUUCUGGAAGGCAUGAAGCAAGGCUUUCAGGAAAUUGCAUCAAUGCUGCAAUCAGCUCAUGGUGCAAAACGCUCUGUAGUUGACUCAGAUAGCGAAAAUUCGAGUUCUGAGACCCAACAGCGUGUUUCACGCUCGAAGAAACACAAAGGCGCUCGUUUUGACUUGAGCGAUUUUAGUGCAUCUGGCUCGUCGGAUAUUGACGUGGAUGCAGAGUUAGCUGCACUCUUGAAGGAAAGCAGUCCAGAUCCUUCACAGGAAUUAAAACAAAAAGGAGUUCUUGACGAUAUACUCCAAGAGUUUGAGCUGGAGGAAGCUUUUUCCGCUCCAGUGGAUACUAAUUUGGCCUCCAUUGUAAACAAAUUAGCGAGGUCAAAGAUGUCUGAUGACAAGUUGAAAGAAAAACUUAACAAGUACAAUCGUCCUCAGAAUUGUGAGAAGCUGAUUACACCCAAGGUGAACAGCGAAAUUUGGGCUAAAAUUAGCUCCUCAACAAGAAGCAGAGAUGUAAAGCUUCAAAAAAUCCAAACUAUGUUGAUGAAAGCGACAACUGUGCUUGUCGGACUCGCUGAUAAGCUCGUUAAAAACGAAAAAGAUAACUCGACAGUUAAGUCAAUGUUUGAUAGCAUUGCUUUUAUAUCUCAUGCUAAUAUUGAGAUAAGCCACAGACGCCGAGAUUUUAUAAAGCCUGAUCUGAAUAAGGCAUAUCAGCAGAUUUGCUCUGAUCAAGUUGAGAUAACUGAUAACUUGUUUGGCGAUGACCUACCCCAAAAGAUUAAGGAUAUCAACGCGACUAAUAAAGUCGGAAAUACUUUACUUGACAAGAAGAAGCACAGCAAGUCAUAUCAUUAUGACAAUCGUAAGCACUAUUCGUCAAAAAACGAAGGGAGGUCUGGGUGGAAGACCCAGACCAGUUACAACAAAUAUCAGAACAGCCAGAGGCAGUACAAUUACCCCUCAAAGAAGAAGGAGGGGGAGAAAGGACAAAAAUAAAUACCCAGGUCAGUAGGACUGUGGUUGAACAGGAAGUGCAAGCAAUGCCAUUUAAAGCUGGUAGAAUUCACAGUUUUAUUAAUGAAUGGGAAGCUAUAACUAGUGAUCCUAACAUACUUGCUAUUGUCAGAGGCUGUACGAUUGAAUUUAAAGGUGCUCCUCCUUAUCAGUUAAAAACACCUAAGCCUCUCAAAGUAAC